CCCUCUUGCCAUUAUCUCUCACAUUCGGACCGGUUUUACCAGUUCGACCUCCAGUCGCAUACAACCAGACCGGCGACUAGUUUUUCGAUACUGUAAUUCAGUUACUGCUUCAACGUGAACAAGUGCGCAUCGUCGCUACGCAGAAGAAACGAGAUUUUUCGUUGUCGAGGCUUCGUCGUGCGCUCACUCACGGGAUUGUUUUGAUUUUUCCGCUCUCGCCUCUUUUGCGGAACCCGGCGAAGCUGGCAGCCGGGAAAAGCGUCGCGCGUGUGUCGUCAACGGCGGCGGUGGAAAACUGUUGACGAGGUGUGUGGGUGUGAGUCGUUGAAUGAAUGGUGAGCAGCCGGUGAACAAGAGUGGGCCAGGAAAACAAAAAAGGAAAAAUCACUAUGAACCACGAGAGCAAGUGAAUGAGGUGAAUACACACGAGUGGCAUUGUUCUUGUUCUUUUUCGUGUGUUCAGUGGAUUACUAGGAUCGGGCUCGUGGAAACUCGAAACACUCAGCCUACUACGCGACGUUGGCUCUGAACCCGGUGGAAAACAAUAGAAGCGCAGUGUGCUGAUAUUUUCAGUUAUUUACAGUUUUUUGUUUGUUUGCCGGAAUAUCAGUUUUUGUGUUUGUUGCGUUUCGUGUUCUCCAGCGCUUCGUACAGCAGAAGAGCCCGUUAUUUUUUGUUGAUGUAGUGCUUCGGAUGAAAAAUAUUUGAACGAGUAACACUGUGUUGUAAGGACAUAAAAGACAAUUAUUAUUGGUGUUGUAAUAAAACAUUUUCAAUUUCUGUACCGACAUUGUUUUCCUGUCUGGGAUGAAAAACUGAACUUUUUUAGCAACGAAAGAAAAUGGAAAAGUGCUUUUACAACUGCAGUAUUUCUCAUUACAAGUGAAACCACCUGCGCAACACAUGGAGAGCUAUGAGUGAUUUCCAAUUACGAUCGACGGCCGUCGAAUGACUGAGUCACAAGUGCGGCAUUUGCCUUAGAUGUCGGGUAAUGAUAGUGUAGUGAACGAACAGAGAAAAUUAUGCUGGAUCCGGUGCGAAAUCCUGGCACGUCGGGCUGUCCCGAAUGUUGCAGCGGUGCUUAGUCGUGUAGUCGUGUGUACUGCUGAAUACCAACAGUAACCAGAGAACCGGGAACACAUCACUCCUAUGUAAACACUUGAAGAUCUCGAGUAAUUCUGUUUUCGUUGUGUUUUGUUCGCGAUUGUUGUUCCGAUUAUAGUGAUAUUAUGUUAUUUAUUCGUUCGUAAAUGGAUACCAAAUUUCAUCGAAUGUAACAGAGGAGUGCGACGGGUGUUUUUAUGUUUGUACCUGUAGAAUUCGGUGUACCGAGGCUCACAACUGUACCAGUACAAUCAGCGAGUGAGGACUAGAACGUGCUCACCGAUACGUUCUAUCCUCCCGAACCACGUUAGAUAAUAUGGCCGCGUAUGCACAAUUUAGUUACACAUAUCCGUCGGCAAGUCAGUUGUUGGUUGGUGGUGGACAGACGACAACCGCCAGUUCACAGUCACCAAUCUCGGCCACGAAUGCUCCAUCAUUGAGCCCGGGUGGUUCAGCAACAGGCGCGCCAUCAGGUGCCUUAAGCCCCGGGGCUGUCUCACAAACCUCAAAUAAUGCGCCACCGGCAACCUCCUGCUGUGAGAAUGGCAGGCCUAUUAUGACCGAUCCUGUAUCAGGACAAACCGUAUGCUCCUGCCAAUAUGAUUCAGCCCGGUUAGCACUGUCCAGCUACUCCCGGAUACCAACCGGUAGUGUUGGUGUGUAUGGUACUCCCUAUCCUUCAACCGAGCAGAACCCUUACCCGAGCAUCGGAGUAGAUAGUUCAGCAUUUUAUUCACCUCUUAGCAACCCGUAUGCUUUAAAGGAAAGUGGACCAACUAGUGAUAUGACCGCGUGGACAUCCGCCGGCCUGCAGCCCACGACCGGAUACUACCCGUACGAUCCUACUCUAGCGGCCUAUGGAUAUGGCGCUGGUUAUGAUUUAGCGGCCCGCAGAAAGAAUGCAACCCGCGAGUCAACCGCAACGCUGAAGGCGUGGCUCAACGAGCACAAAAAGAACCCGUACCCGACCAAGGGCGAGAAAAUUAUGCUAGCCAUCAUUACCAAGAUGACACUGACACAGGUGUCCACCUGGUUUGCCAAUGCCCGGCGGCGGCUGAAAAAGGAGAACAAGAUGACGUGGGAGCCCAAGAAUAAGACGGACGACGAUGAUGAUGCGAUGGUGUCAGACGACGAGAAGGAUAAAGACGACAUGGAUCCGGACAAGAGUCGUGAUCACAAAGAUAUGCAUCACCAUGUGAAAGCCGAGCACGAUAAAGAUGACGACGAUGAUGAUCUCACCGAUGACGAACGGAAGCCGGAAAACUUAUUAGGGCAUCCGGGACAUCUGGGGCAGCACCAUCCGUACUACCACCAUUCGAUGCUCGGGGGACACCACCACCAUGCAGGACUCAAAUCAGAAAUGGACCAUCCAAAAAACCAAACGGGCAGCGACUGUGGAGUGCCGAUUCCAGCCUCAAAGCCGAAAAUUUGGAGUCUGGCAGACACAGCCGCUUGCAAAACCCCACCACCACAGGCACUACACAGCUCCUGGAUGACCGGCGGCUAUCACCCAGGGCAGCACCACCAACAGCAACAGCACCAUCAACAGCAACACCAUCUGCAGCAGCAACAGCAGCAGCAGCACCUCCAACAGCAGCAUCAGCAACAGCAGCACCAGCAGCAUACGGGCAGUGGGAUGAUGAUGGGCGGCGGAAGUUCCCCUAUGAGUAUGAAUAUGGCAAAUACACCUCACAACCAAGGUAUGGGGACUAUGGGCAGUGGUAUGAUGAACAAUUUCGGGAAUACCCCUUAUUCCCGUUAUGGGGGGUUUCUAACAGGAGCUCAACACUACAAUACUACCCACAACAACAACAACAGCAACAGCAGCAACAACACCAACAACAAUACCAACAGCAAUACGAGUACGGGUCCAGUGACGGAUGCUACAACUCCCACUUUGCAACAGCAGCAACAGCAUCAACAACAGCACCCACAGCAAGGGAUGCACCCGCAGCAGCAGCAACCCCAACAACCUAUGAACAACAACAAUACCCAGUCGAUGGGGUUUCCCGAGGUCCAGACCGACACCCCUCCACAAACACCGCCGAAUAUGAAACUACCCAGCGUGGCGGGGAAUCUUCUUACGGUCUCAACAACCCCUACGACAGGUACCUGCUAUAAUGCUACUGUUAAUAACGGCGCUGGCAAUAACAACAACAACAACCUCACUCCAAACAACAACAACAAUCUUAACCAAUCGAAUGGUUACGCAUCGUCGCCAGAAUCGAUGGGACAAGCCAACAAUCAGCAAGGACAGCAAAACAGCUAUUAUCGAAUGCAAUCAAACUCUCCGCAAAAAUCGCAGCAAGAUUAUUCCCAACAAAUGCUACAUCAGCAGGAUGGUUUCAAGCCGUUCUACAAAAACUCACCACAAGUUGGCAACGGUUUCGUUUCUCCGGUUUGAGCAGCAAAGGAAGCACCGUACGCAUCAUUCGGAAGAUUAGAGGAAGAGCUGAUGAGAUUUAGCGAGAAUACCACCGUUCGGCAGCGUUGUCGGUCGCAUAAUUCCACGCCACAUACAAAACACGAGCUUUUAGGUUUUCCAGUCUCUGCUUAAGCACACACACAUAUAUACUCUGGAGGCAUACACAUUCAUGCUGCUUUGGAUCUGGGCAAAAGCAUUGAAAGUUCGACAUCGAAAUCGUGGAACACACCUAUGGGGAUACGGAGUUCAGUAAACCAUGCAGGCCUAUAAUCUUGGAUUGAUUCGUCGCACAAACAAACCAGCAUUGGUACAUCGUAAGGAACCAACGUAAGCAUUGCACUGGAGAACCACGUGUGCAACAAGCCAAGCCGCUUAUAGCUAAUCAUAGGCAACAUCUUUGUGAGGAUGCAACACUUUCCCAUCGCGUAACAACAAUUGUCUCAUCACGCCACCCUCUUUUUCUCUCCGACUGUGUUGCUGAUGCGGUUGGUCGAAGAGUACUGCUACUCUCGAAGCUAGAGCGAAGCAUUCACUCACUCCUAUGAAGUUAUACGUACGAAACCGAAACUAUUCCUUUCAAUGUAAAUAUACUACUACUGCUGCUUCUGUUGCUAGCUUUUACAACUACUACGUAGUAGACAAGACCCGAACGAUAAGUGAAACCUAAAUCAGUCGUAUACGAGAUUGAAGAGGAAAUAAUGGUGUAAAUUUCAAAUCAACAUAAACGACGAGUUUCGAAUCAGAUUGAGGUGAAUUUUUCUAUCCCUAUACCGGAAACUGGGCUAUGUGCAACAAAAGAAUGUGUUUAAUGAAAUGCUAAACAAUUAUUGUUUUUAAUUGAUGUAUAAAAUCGAUUCUCGCUUGUAGUCUCAAUCGGGUUUUUAUUCUAGAUACGAAAACGGAAUUAUCACUAGAUAUCUCUAUUUAAGUACGAAUCAAUUUUCCUCCAACGACGCUACGUGCAAUUUUCCUUUCUUUCCCCUUAAUUAUUCAGUGGCUAUCAUGUGCACUAUUGUCGCAAGCUUUGUGCAUGAAAAUAAAGCAAACCGAUCGUUUUUUUUCUAUUUUUCGGCCUUGUAUAAUAUUUCAUCUAAAGUAAAAUCGAAACAAAAUGUUGAGAAACGCAUUUGUAAUCUGUGAUAACGAAAAAAGUAUAUAAAAAUAUUGAACAUAUUUAACACUUUAUCUUAAGAUGUCCUAAAAUCUUCUUUUAGUUUUAUUUAGCAAAAGAUUCUUCUUCAGCGAAAUAAUUUUUCCCGUACGCUCGCUUGAGAGUUGCAUCUCCUUUUUUUUGUCUUAUAUCAAAACAAGUGAAAUCAAACCGUUGAAACAAUUUCCGUACAACUUUGUUGAUGUUUUGUAUAAAUGUAUGAAUGUUACACGGACACAUAGAGGUGAAUGCAAUGAUCCUGUACUUGCAAGGAACUUCAGCACCAGCUCGGAAUUGACUAUUUUCUAUAGGCAAUCAGGAUGAGGAUGAAAGUGUUAUCGAACUGGAAUACCAAAUCCUAAAAAAAAAACAGAUUCACAAGAUUGUAUAAAUUUUACAAAGGUAAAACCAUUGACACUGAACAGAAAAGUAUUGUACAGACAUUGUUUAAGAGUUUUUCACUAGACAAAAUAUCAUCCGCAGUAGCAGUUGGGUAAGCUAUUCAAGUGUAAUGAAAUUUUGUACAUAGCCACCCUCACAUCGAUUAUCAUCUAAAUGGUUAAGGAAGUUUAUAACGACAUCAUCUGUCAGAAUCAUCCAUGCAAACCUAAUUUCUAUUCGUGUGAACUUAGCGAAAGCAAUGUAGAAUCCGGAAACACAUACCUUCAUCUCUAUAGUCACAAUUUCUAAAGAAAAUAUAAUUACAGCCAUUGCAAUACUUACUGAACAAAAAGAAAACCAUUGCAUUGUCGACAUUUGAACAAACACACACAACAGCAUAUGCACUCUGAAUCAGCCAAGUCUUUAUAAUACUUUUUCCCAAUAAUAACAAUUGGUAUGAACAUGUUUUGGAAAGAUUGUGGAAGAACAGAUUGCUUUCAAAACAAUGAUAACAAAUAGAGAACAAAAACACAGUAAUGUACACUUGUAUUCGCUAACGGUAAUAUAAAAAGAAAUGAAUGUAGAGCAAGGAAUCGGUACAUUUAUCAAAAUAGUUAUGAUAACAAAACAAAGCGGAUAAACUUAUAUAGUGAGGUAAAGCAUACAGAAAAUCAGAAAACAUUAUAAAUUAUAUAUAUUUAAACGAAAAUCAUUAGGAAAAUAGAAAUAAUAAUAAAACAUUA